AAAAAAGAAAGAUGAAAUACUUCUUGAUAUUACUUGUUUUAGUCUCUAUAUUAAGUAAAUGUUUAGCUAUCUGGUGCUACCAGUGCACCGGGGCGACUCCUGGUUGUUCAGAGCCCUUCAACUGGCGUGGCAUCGGAUACCUCGGCCAGCCGUGUCUGGAUAAUGACGAUAUCUGCGUCAAACUUAUUGAGAGAAAAGGAGCCCAGGAAGUUAUAACCAGAGACUGCCUGAGCAACUUCAGGGCGUUCAGGAUGGACAUCCCAGCCGACACUUACGAGGGGUGCAGGCCGGCUGCCAAGGAUGUCAACUUGGCCAAUUACGUCAACAAUACUGUCAAAGAACUUGACGUCAAACGGGACUGGUACGACGAGACGACCUGGUGUUUCUGCUUCCUCGACCACCGGUGUAACGGUGCCUCGGUGACGUCACUCUCAAUGGCGUUGCCAAUCCUGUACAGUGCCGCGCUAUUGUUAAACAGACUACAAUAAUAAUUACAUUCAUGCAUGUUA